AUGAGCACGCACAAAGUGCGCCCACCGGGCGCGCGACACUCGUAUGACAGACAAACCUCUCAAAGCAUUGCUAUCUCUCUAGAGACAACGUUAACACGGCUCACCCCCCGCCGCGCGCACAUAGUCCCAAUCACCAUCACGCCGAUCGGGGUGCAUCACCCACUCCCACGUGUGACGCAACCAGUCCUUGGGCCCCCGCUGGUCACACCACCGCCCCCAGCGGCGGCGGCCACGCCCCUCCGGAGGAACCUCCCACCCUCCGGGGCGCGUGGUGCUGAGGGGCCCCAGCGCCAUGUCCACCGCCGCGAGCGGCCCGUGUCAGUCUCCUUUGGAGACGUGAAGAAGACACUGCAGCCUGCCCCGCAUCCCGGCGCUGCCGUCGAGGAACGCGCGGCGCGGGGGACAUGCGAGCGCGACAUUGGGCGCAAUCAUACGCCGCAGGUCGGGAGGGCGGUACGUGGAUGGGUCGACGGCGCUGGCGCGCUGCGCGGCGUCCCCGCGCGGGGGACGUUUACGACGCUGAAGGACUCGGUGGCCAAAUGCGAACCACCCAACUGGGAGGCUACGUACUCCGCCCAAGGGCAAGCGCUCUCGAUCCCGGCGAGGCGGAGGUUGAACCAGCCGGUCGUCGACGUCCAGCGUCCAGGGACUGGCUGGGAUGUCCAGGAACGUAGCGAGCACAUCGCUGAGGACCCGGGGUCCUUUGCCGUUUCCGAGUGGGUCCACCCGAACAUACCGAUGCCUCCGAAACGUACAUCGACUCCUCCGAUGUCCCGCACGGAUGCCUCCACAACGUACACGGAUGCCUCCACAACGUACACGGAUGCCUCCACAACGUACAUCGAUGACUCCGAUGGACCCACGCCCUCCCACGACCGCCACAUAGCGUGGUUCCUAGUAAUACCGCCGUAA